AUGGGUGCCGCAUUAUUUACCACGGGUCCGUAUAUCGAAAUGGCCAUUUCGGGACAAACAGUCAUGACACCUAGUGUCGAAAAUGGUGUUGUAACAUGGAGAGUUCCAUUAGGAAAUGGCGCAGUACCUCAUGUGAGUUUGGAAGAUUGCGGACCAUAUGUUCGAUGGUUGUUCGAUCAUCCAGAGCGUAGUAAUGGCAUGGAUCUCCUUGUCGCUAUUGCCAAUAUCUCAUAUUCUGAGAUGGCCACGGCGUUUGGAAAGGUUACGGGUCAUCCGGCGCAAUAUAUCGAUACUGAAUUCGAUACGUAUUUUGAGAAACUUGGACCAAUGGCUGAUGCGCCGGCGGGAUUUAAUGCGGAUCCAAAGGAUAAGGCAACGAUGAGCAUUAGAAGAAAUUUCACGGGUUGGUGGAUGCAGUUCAGAGAUGGGGUGUUGGAGAGAGAUUAUAAAUUGUUGGAUGAGAUUCACCCGGGGAGAAUUAGAAGUGCAGAGGAUUUUUUUAGGAGGGAGGAGGAGAGGUUGAGAAGGGAAUCAGGGGGGAAGACUGGGUUAUGGGAGAGUGUGCAGAAGGGGAAUUUGAAAUUUGUUUUAAAGUUGUCUGAGGAUGGGAGAAAGGGGAAACUUUGA